AAUUCCUCUGGCUCUACCUCUUAUCUCCUUCUCUGCCUUCUGCCUGACUCGGACUCAUGGUGAAUAAAGUCACAUAGUCAUGGCGCUAUGUCUGGAAAGGUGGCUCAGAGAUGUCAGAGAUGUCUGGAAAGGUGGCAGAGGCACAGAUGAGCAUUCUACUGUCGUCGCCGCCGCUGCUGCUGCUGCUUCUCGCGGCCCUAGUGGCUCCAGCCACCCCCUCCACCACCUACCGACCCGAUUGGAACCGUCUUCGAGGCCUGGCCAGGGGGCGGGUGGAGACCUGUGGAGGAUGACAGUUGAAUCGCUUGAAGGAGGUGAAGGGCUUUGUCACACAAGACCUUCCACUGUACCACAACCUGGUGAUGAAGCACCUCCCCGGCGCAGACCCUGAACUCGUGCUGUUAAGCCGAAAUUACCAGGAACUAGAGCGAAUUCCACUCAGCCAAAUGACCCGGGACGAGAUCAACGCGCUGGUACAGGAGCUCGGCUUUUACCGCAAGUCGGCGCCGGAAGCGCAGGUGCCCACUGAGUACCUAUGGGCGCCCGCUAAGCCCCCUGAGGAUGCUUCAGAGCACGCCGACCUGUAGCCGCGAGUUACGGUGGAGCU